AUGGCUUCGUCUCGCUCUUCUAGUACCACGUCCAUCGGUAGUCGUCAUUCCAAAACCUCCAACAAAGAUGGAAAAUUCUCUCUUCCCGAUAAACCAGGAAGGCCACAAGAAAGACGUGAAGAAAUCUUAGAGACCUCACCAGCAAAAAGACUCAAGAAAGAAGUUGAGACCGUAAAUGAAUGUGCUGGAACUUCGAAUCUAGUUGAUAAGAAUGUUAAUCUGAAAGUGUAUGGCACAAUUCCUUUUGUGAAAAAUACUUAUGAGCAGCUGAAAGAAGAUAACGGAUUGCUCACCCUUCCAACUUCAUCGGUCACCGUUACUCCGAAAGAUUUCACUCAUAUUCAAUAUAAAGGUGAAGGAGUUUCUGGUAGAGUUGAAAUCGUUGAAUACAAAAAAUUCAAAGUGGCUAUGAAGUCAAUUCUUAUCGGGACUACUCCAAAGACAACAAAAAUCGAUGAUGUAGUUCGUGAAUUGAACUUUUUGAAAAUGUGUAAAGGAUGUGACGAAUUCAUAUUUUUUAGAGGAUUCCUCGAAAGAGCUAAUUAUGUGGAUAUAUUCAUGGAGCCCAUGAGAAGCAGUCUCGCCUGUUUCAUUAAAAAGGAGAUCAAACUUCCAGAAAUUGCCCUCCGCGCUGUGAUUGCUCAUAUCACCAUUGGAUUACACUGGCUACUUGAUGCCCUCGGAUCAAUACAUCGGGAUAUAAAACCUGGUAAUCUUCUAUGCGAUGACAAUGGCCACGUAAAGAUUGGAGAUCUUGGGAGUUGUGCACGCGUUGAAGACAUCGAAAUUGAUGAAAAAAAACAAAGCGUAGCUGGAACAAUUUCCUAUCAACCGCCCGAAGCCGUCUCUAAAACAAUGACCGAAGCUUCUCUUUUGAAACUCGACACGUGGAGCCUAGGAAUAUCGAUUCUUGAAUUAGCUACAUCUAAACAUCCAUUCUCACAACAAAAAUUAGCUAAUCAAGAAGACACCCUCGAAUUCGAUAUAAUUGUCAAGAACCCUCCAGCUCUUCCAACAAAUUCAAUCAAAAGCUAG